UCGGCCUGCCUGCCUGCUCUGUUGCCUCUGAGCCUGCUGGGAGCUACAGGAGGGGGAAGAGCGACGAGCCGUCGAGGGAGAGCGAGAGAAAGGGGGUAGAAAAAAGAAGAAGAAGAAGAAGCGUGUUGCGGGUCCCGGACUGGAAACCACGACCCCCAAACAGCGCUCACGACUCCAGUGGACUUUGGGACCGCUUGUUGGCACUACUUGUGUAGAAAUCCACCGCGGAGACCCUGAAACUUGGUUUUUCUUCUUCUGUGGUAGCAGCAGCAGCAGCAGCGCUGUUGCGCGCGGUGCCGACUCCGGUCGCUGAGCUGGAUCUGGAUCUGGAGCAGGACUGCGCAUUGGCCCUGGUCUGUGUCCGCCGGAGGGAACAAUGAAGUGCUGAGCGUUUCCCCUUCGUGCUCCCAAGUCUUGUUGCACAGUUGAAUCGGUUUUUCUUCCUUCGUGCUCCCUGUUCUGCUCCUCCAGCUGCUCCUCUGCUCGUCCUGUGGGAUGCGCGCGCUGCUCUAGGCUGCUUCACCAACACUUUGUUUUUUAACCAAGAAGUUUUUACAACAAGCUUCGGACGCAGGAAGACAGAAAAUGUCCACGCCGAGGUUCAAAAAGGAUAAAGAGAUCAUCGCGGAGUACGAGAGUCAAGUGAAAGAGAUCAGAGCCCAGUUGGUGGAGCAGCAGAAAUGUCUGGACCAGCAGACAGAAAUGCGGGUCCAGCUGCUGCAGGACCUGCAGGACUUCUUCAGGAAGAAGGCAGAGAUUGAGAUGGAGUACUCCAGAAACCUGGAGAAACUGGCCGAACGCUUCAUGGCAAAGACUCGCAGCACCAAGGACCACCAGCAGUACAAGAAAGACCAGAACCUGCUGUCACCGGUCAACUGCUGGUACCUGCUGCUGAACCAGGUGAGGAGGGAGAGUAAGGACCAUGCGACACUGAGCGACAUCUACCUCAACAACGUCAUCAUGAGGUUCAUGCAGAUCAGCGAGGACUCCACGCGGCUACUCAAGAAGAGCAAGGAAAUAGCCUUUCAGCUCCAGGAAGACUUAAUGAAAGUCCUCAACGAGCUGUACACAGUGAUGAAAACCUACCACAUGUACCACUCGGAGAGCAUCAGCGCCGAGAGCAAGCUGAAGGAGGCCGAGAAGCAGGAGGAGAAGCAGAUCGGCCGCGGCGACCCCGUCUUCAGCAUCCGGAUGGAGGACAAGUACCAGCGGCGCAGCUCCGUGAAGAAGAUCGAGAAGAUGAAGGAGAAGCGUCAAGCCAAGUACUCGGAGAACAAGCUGAAGUCGAUCAAAGCGCGGAACGAGUACCUGCUGACGCUGGAAGCCACAAACUCGUCCGUUUUCAAAUACUACAUCCACGACCUGUCGGACCUAAUUGAUUGCUGCGAUCUGGGCUACCAUGCCAGCCUGAAUCGGGCCCUGCGGACCUACCUGUCGGCAGAAUACAACCUGGAAACGUCCCGGCACGAGGGUCUUGACAUUAUUGAAAAUGCUGUGGACAGUCUGGACCCGCGAAGCGACCGUCAGAGGUUCAUGGAGAUGUACCCCACAGCUUUCUGCCCGCCGGCGAAGUUUGAGUUCCAACCUCACAUGGGAGACGAAGUGUGUCAUGUGUCAGUGCAGCCGCCGGUGAACGGGGAGCUCAUCCUGAGGUUCCAGCAGCUCCAGUCCCGCCUGGCUACUCUGAAGAUCGAGAACGAAGAGAUCAAGAAGACGUCCGAGGCCACCCUGACCACCAUCCAGGACAUGGUGACGAUCGAAGACUACGACGUGUCCGAGUGCUUCCACCACAGCCGGUCCACGGAGUCGGUUAAGUCGACCGUGUCGGAGACGUACCUCAGCAAACCCAGCAUUGCCAAGAGGAGGGCCAACCAGCAAGAGACGGAGCAGUUCUACUUCAUGAAAUUCCGUGAGUUUCUGGAGGGCAGUAAUCUCAUCUCCAAGCUGCAGGCCAAACACGACUUGCUGAAGAGGACGCUGGGUGAAGGCCACAGAGCUGACUACAUGACCACAAGACAUCCCAACGGGCCGCUCAGAAGCCACACUGGCACCCGGCGGGCUAGACCCCGCUCUGUUUUUAAUGUUAGGUUAUUUAAUGGCAAUUUGGAGUCAUUUAUCAAGGACUCGGGACAGGCGAUCCCCCGCGUGGUGGAGAGCUGCAUUCGCUACAUCAAUCUGUACGGCCUCCAACAUCAAGGAAUAUUCCGUGUAUCUGGAUCCCAGCUGGAGGUCAAUGACAUCAAGAACUCAUUUGAGAGAGGGAACGACCCGCUGACAGAUGACGAGAACAAUCAUGACAUCAACUCGGUGGCCGGCGUUCUCAAGCUGUACUUCCGCGGUCUGGAGAACCCUCUGUUCCCUAAAGAGAGGUUCAACGAUCUGCUCUCGUGCAUCAGAAUAGACAACCUGUAUGAGCGGGCGCUGUACAUCCGUAAGAUCCUGCUGACCAUUCCCAGAUCGGUCCUCAUCGUGAUGCGCUACCUCUUUGCCUUCCUCAACCAUCUGUCCCAGUACAGCGAUGAGAACAUGAUGGACCCGUACAACCUGGCCAUAUGCUUCGGCCCCACGCUCAUGCCCACGCCAGACAGCCAGGACCAGGUUUCCUGCCAGGCGCACGUCAAUGAGAUCAUCAAGACGAUAAUCAUCCACCAUGAGACCAUCUUUCCUGAUGCCAAAGAGCUGGACGGGCCCAUCUAUGAGAAGUGCAUGGCGGGUGGAGACUACUGUGAGAGCCCCUACAGUGAGCAUGGAGCCCUGGAGGAGGUCGACAACGAGGGAGGCACUGAGACGCACACCAGCGAGGACGAGGGCGAGCCCAUCGAAGCCAUUGCCAAGUUUGACUACGUCGGGCGCUCGUCUCGAGAGUUGUCCUUCAAAAAGGGCGCCUCGCUGCUGCUGUAUCAGCGGGCGUCUGAAGACUGGUGGGAGGGACGGCACAACGGCAUCGACGGCCUGGUGCCGCAUCAGUACAUCGUCGUCCAAGACAUAGAUGACAACUUCUCAGACACUCUGAGUCAGAAGGCUGACAGCGAGGCCAGCAGCGGCCACGCCGGCGACGAGAAAUGCUCGGGGAAAGAUAUCAGCUCGCCCACGGACACCAGGAUCUCCGAGGCCUACAUCACCAGCAGACACAGAAAAAGAUCGGACCCCCCAUCUCGGCGGCCCCCUGCCCGCCCCAGCGACGUCCACUGCAUGGUGCACACCUCCCAGCAGGGUCACGGCGGACACGGCGGGACCCCGGAGAUGGGCUCCCCCGUUCUUGGCCACUUCAGCCCGCGGGACAUGCUGAGGAGCCGCAACCACAUGCCGAUGGACAGCCCCGAGCGACGGCGCCGCACCGGCCACGGCAGCCUCACCAACAUCAGCCGUCACGAGUCCCUAAAGAAGAUGGAAAGCCCCCCGAUCCGCCGCUCCACCUCCUCGGGCCAGUACACAGGCUUUACCGACGCCCACCACCACCACGGCGGCAAGCCCCUGGACCCGGAGACCAUCGCACAGGACAUAGAAGAAACUAUGAACACUGCUCUGAAUGAGCUGCGCGAGCUGGAGAGGCAGAGUUCAGCCAAACACGCCCCCGAUGUGGUGCUGGACACCCUGGAGCAGCGGCAGACCUCCGGCGGCGGCGGUGGGGGUCCCACGCCGGCCAGCUCCAGCGAGUCCCUCAGCCCCAUCCACGGCGUCAUGCUGAGGUCCACCGCCAACACUGAGCCACCCAUCCGCCGCAGCACCAGCUCCUCCAGCGACACCAUGAGCACCUUCAAGCCGGCGGUAGCACCACGCAUGGGGGUGCAGCUCAAACCUCCCGCUUUGAGGCCCAAGCCCAUGGUGCUGCCCAAGUCCAGCCCGGCCCCACAGCCUCCUGCCACGUCUCCUCAGGACCCUCUGGACAAGUCCUGCACCAUGUGACCUCUCAGACAGGAAUCAGAGACGUAAAGCAAAAACUCUCCACUUCCAGGAGGCUGUGAAAUACGACCAGUGUCUCCACCAGAAAAAAUAUCCGAGAGCAUGUAAAAUACCUGGACCUGGACAGGAAAGGACAUUUUGUGGUGUUUUAAAGCUGAAAACAGGAUCAUCAAGAAGCCUGAGAGACUGAUGUAGGUGUAGAUUCGUCAGCCAGACAAAUCUUCCGUCUCAACAACGUGCAGAUUUAUGUGUUGAUAUGCUUCGGUUGAUAUUAUCUAACAUAUAGCUUUUUUUUUCUUUUUCUUUUUUUAAAUAAAUUCAAACAACAAAUCACAAAGGCUUCCUACAAAGUUUUAGAAAAACGUUAGUUUAGUUUACGGACAUUAACGAACUGAGUAACUCUGAACUAAACACGGUGCAUGCACUUCUUGUGUUUACCACUGAAACUGAUGGAAACUGUAGAGACCACAGCGACUAGAAAAGGUUUUUUUUUCUUUGGUUUUUACCUGUGACGGCCAUGGAAGUGGUCUCGGACUGGUUCGACGGCCUCACUGACUCUGAGAUGUACCUGGUUUUAAGUGUUCAACUAUUCUAAAGGUGCUGUGACUACCUGGGAGGACGUGGUGUUAAGGUUGGACUGAUACGGGGCUUGAACAGCUCCUAACAACUUAUUUAUUAACGGUACUCUGUUGAUAAAUUAACAGUACUGACUCCAGUAUGCUUUUUUUUUUCUCGCUAGCAUGUAAUUUGCAGCUUUCUUUAGGUAACCAUCAGUUCACCUCUGUGCUAGCUUCACUCAGACUUGUUUGAACAGAUUGCCUGGAAUAAGAUAUGACAAUUGGAUAAAACCACUACUUCAUUAUAGACUUUGUUUGGACAUUGUGAUGAAUUCUUGGAUCCCUGCGGGGGUGAAAUAUGCCUAACGUGUAUGCCUUUGCAUCUGUAUAACAACCCAUAGGGAGACGUGUGAAGAACUCUGAUGGCGAACACGUGUUAUUCUAAAGUGUGGACCACAUGCCGUAGCUUUCUUUAUGCCUUGCUUGGCUUUAUCUACCCAAAGACAUGCGUGUAUAAGUUAAAGCAUGGGUGUUGAUACUUCAUACUGACUGAUGUGUAUAGAUUCAAGGCGGCCCCCUGUGGGAGCGCCGCCGGUAGCCAUGGACCUAAUGACUGUUAGUGUAAAAGCCUCCUCAUACGUUCCCUGCUUCCUGUGCUUUUCUCUGUGAAGGUGUCCGACAGCAGCAGCAGCUCGAGUCCCUCCAGUGUGUGUUGUGUCCUGGUGAGAAUGUCAGAAACGUUUGUCGUGUCGCUCUCAGACUGACAUGGAGGCUGCCGUCGUGGCUUUGUGUGGAUGGUGCGUGGUGGGAAACUGGGAGGAAGCAGCUCCGUGUCAGUCGGCUCAUAAGUAAUAAUUUCAGUAUGCAAUAGCCUCUUGAAACUGUGUGAGCCCUAGUUCCAGUUGUUUUGCGACUGCACCCCCGUAUGUGUCUGUUUUGAACCUCUGUACUGUAGAAAUAGCAGCGCUGGGUGCAUGUCUGUAGAGUGUUUGGCUAGCAUAGAGUACAUAUAGAACAGACGUGGUUUGCGAUGAAUAAGCAAUGCUCUCUAACAGCAGGUUUACACGAUCUUUGACUUGACAGAUAUUGUGUGUAUAAUAAUCAAAAGUUAAUUAAUUUCUAAAUUACUAACUUUCAUUAUUUUUAUAAUCAUUUUUGUUAUGUUUGUUGGGUUUCUGGGUAGAAAUCACUUAGAACAUAUGAUGUAGAAUAAAUAUCCAGAGCUACAGUAUGAAGCCAGUUGUAUAAAAAAUAAAAAUAAAAACGUGUGCUUUUGUCACCAUGUACCAUCAUCGACUCCAGUAGGACUCAGUUAUGCCGUGUGUAGGCUUUAAGCUACUCUGUGGUGUUACGUACAUCCGUAGUAUGUACUCGUGAAAGUGCCUUUGAAAAUAUUUUAGAGGAACUUCAAACAUUUCUGUCCCGUCGCGUUUCAUAUUAGAUGCCGUGUUUUAUGAGGAAAUGCAGUGCAGGAAGAAGACGUGUGUUAGAAACGCUGCCAUUUUCCAAACAGUGAUAUGGCAGAGUGAAUAAUGAACCAACAGCUUACUCAUUGUGACAUUGCACUUUGAUGUAUAUACCUGUAUAUACGGCAUGUAACAGCAUAACGUUUAGAGUUCUUUCCUUCAAGGAUUUCUUUCUAAUAAAGGAGAUAGUUUGUGGAG